GCGACGCGAUCCUGCUAAUUUAGAGAUAUAGCAAUUCUAUACUCACCAAUUCACCAAGUAAACGACACCAAUUGCAAAGACCAAGACUCCGAAACAUCUCUUGGGAACCAAUAUCCAGCGAUGAACCCUCAAUAAUCGCCACAUCGACGCUACCAAGCCACCCACAACGCGUCCAACAUCUAAAUCCUACCCGUCUUCCUCAACCGAAGCCCCCCCAAAAAGAAGCAGCAACGAUGGCGCCCCCCACGAUCCUCGCCCACAAAUCCUCCUUCCUAACGGCCCAAACCCUCCAGCUCUCGCAGUCGCUAGCGCCCAGCGCAGCCUGGCGCGCCGCCAACGCGCAAGCCGCCGAGGGGUCGCUGCCCGACAGGCUCGUCGACGAGGCGCUGUACCGCGCCAACCACGCGCUGCUGCAGCACGCGCGCCGCGUGUACGCGCCGCAGGCUAGCCGCCACGUCGCCGAGCAGAUCGAGGCUUUGUACUUGGAGGCUGCGGAGAAGGCUGUGAGGGGGGAUGGCGCGGGAGGAGGAGUAGGUGGUGGUGAAGAGGGGGAGGGGGAGGAGGGGAGGGAAAGGGGGGAUGAGGAGGGGGGACGGUUUUUGAGGGUUGGGGCUGAUUUCGCAUCCGACGACAUCAUCGCCGCCCUCCCCAGCACAUGGGACCUGCACUCCGCCACCCAAGCCGCCGCUCACCCCGCCGAAGCGAACCGGUACGCGGACCUCGCCUCGACGCUAACCUCUCUCGCAGCGCAGCGCAAAGAAGCGUCCUCGCGCCUCGAGCGCUUGCGCCGGAUGCGCGGGCUCCUCGCCCCGUUAGCCUCUUUCCCGCCUUCCACUUCCGCCUCCACCUCCUUGCCUCCUCCUUCCUCUUCCUUCUCCGCAUCUAUAUCAGCCUCCGCUCCCUCCUCUUCUGCUCCUGGUCUUGCUUCCGGUGUGGGAGGAGGAGUGGAAGAGAUGGACGGGAUAGACAAAGUGCAGCCUAACCUCGUGACGCGCGAGGGCGAGCUAGAGAAGGAGCUCGAGCGCAUGCGUUUCCUGCUCGUGCGCGUCGCGGCCCGCGUCGCGCAGCUCCCUGAUGCGGAGCCGGAAACUGGUGAGGACGCCGCGAUGGAGGACCUAGAGGCUGUGGAACGGGUGAAGGUUGAGAGGUUGCUUGAUGAGUUCUAGGGGCGCGGGUGCUGGCAAUGGGGCUGAUGGUAAGAAUUUUAACUUGAGGAUGAGGCGUCGCGGAGUCUUAUGGUUGUUUGCUUGUGUGCUAAUAACGAUACCCCUAAAAUUUACGAAUGGAUGAAAUUCAAACAACAUAACUAGAUUUACGAGGCUGUGGACAGUUGGACAAGAUACGUUUUUAUAUAAUUACCGCAGUGGGUGACAAAUUACUAUAAUUCAAAUAUACUCCCAACACAGAUCA